AUGCGGUUCCACCGCGGGGACUACCACAUUGACGUGUGCAUCAAUGACUACCUGGACGUGUUCUGCCCCCACUAUGAGGACAGCGUCCCCGAGGAGCGUGCUGAGCGCUACGUCCUCUACAUGGUCAACUACGACGGCUACAGCUCCUGUGACCACACAGCUAAGGGCUUCAAGCGCUGGGAGUGCAACCGGCCGCACUCGCCCAACGGGCCGCUCAAGUUCUCCGAGAAGUUCCAGCUGUUCACGCCCUUCUCCCUGGGCUUCGAGUUCCGCCCCGGCAGAGAGUACUACUAUAUCUCCUCGACCAUCGCAGAGAACGGCAGGAAGACUUGCCUGAAGCUAAAGGUGUUCGUCCGACCAUCAAACACCUGUGUGAGAACUAUAGGGGUUCAUGAUCGCGUUUUUGAUGUAAACGACAAGGUAGACAAUUCACUAGAGCCCAGAGAUGACACGAGUCACGAGUCAGCAGAACCUUCCCGGAGUGACGCCACAAGCUCAGCGCUGAGCAGGAUAUCCUGCCCCCUGCUGGGCGCUCUGCUGGUCUGCCUAACGACACUCUUCACCUCAUAGCGCCCUCCCUGGCCUGGAGGUGAACUGCACCCCUGUUGCCUGAGUCUGGCAGCGUUGCGGGGGUGAGGGAGAAGGGGGGGGGGGGGUGGGAGAAGGGGGGGAGAGAGACCAGCGACAUGGACAAACAUGUUUUUCAGCUCUUUCAGUGGUCUUUCUCUGUCGGUGAGGUGAUGAUGGAAGAUGGAGAGGCUGUUGUCCCUCUAACCUCCCCCCUCCCACAAACUAAGAUGCCAAAUCCUUUUUAUUUUUUUUGACACUUACUACAUUUGUAUUUUUCCGUUGUUUUUUAGAACAUGAUUUAUGACAUGCCUGUUCAUCACACACGCUCACACACACACUCACUCACACACACACACACUGCUCUCAGCAGUAGGACAGUGGUGAUUUUAGCUCUAGGAAUGUGGAUGUGGUUUGGAUGAGUCCUCCAAGAGAGAGAGAGAGAGAGAGGGAGCGAGGCAGGGAGGGAGGAGAGAGAGAGAGAGAGAGAGAGAGAGA